AUGACCGAUAAACGAAAAGAGGCCACGAAAAAGGUUGAUGAUCGUACAAAAUCUCCGGAAAACGUUAAAGCGCCAGCUCUGAGCAGCAGAGGAAAAACAGAAGAUCGUGGAAGCUUUUUUGAUUUGCGCACAUCUACUGGACAGGCGCUAUUUAUCAUCGUAACUGUAGCUGCCGUAACGCUGGUGCAAUGUCUACCGAAGGGAUCCUUAAAGUCUUUACUGAACCUGCAAUUACCUUCACAACAGUGUAAACCCGAAGUGCAACGUAUUGAGAAGGAAAUCAUUUCCCAUGAGCCACGCCCAAAGUAUUGGAUUUAUGGACGAAACCCAACCGGGGCCCACUUGGUGCAUGUUCAUAAUGUACUACAACGGCUGGGUAUGGAGGAAACGAAUAACAAUACCAAUGACUGGGAUUUGCUUUGGGCACAUGAUUAUCCUUUUCGAAAGAUAGGUUUGCAACGCAUGAAACACCACCAGUUAGUGAACCAUUUUCCAGGAUCGGGUUACAUAACGAAUAAAGUGGAUUUAUCCACCACCAAGUUACAGUAUAUACCGGCCGCAUUUAAGCUACCUGCUGAAACUGCACUUUUCCGAGAGUAUGCCACUGAUAAUCCGGAUAAAAAGUUCGUGCAAAAACAUAACCAACACCGCCAUAUACAAAUCAAAGGCCUCGAGGAGAUCGACUUUAACAGUAAUGAAACUUUCAUUCAAGAAUUUAUCGAUGAUCCACUGUUGGUAGACGGAUUCAAAUUUGAUAUCGGAGUUUACACCGUAAUUACAUCUGUUGAUCCCCUACGUGUGUAUAUUUACAAAGGAGAUAUCCUAUUUCGGUACUGUCCUGUGCCUUACUACCCAUUUAAUGCAUCAAACGUGGACAAGUACAUCGUGGGUGAUGAUUAUCUGCCGACCUGGGAAGUGCCAUCUUUGAAACAAUACUAUUCAAAGUACGGAUUUGGAAUGAAAGAUUCCUUUGACGCGUACAUCAAAGCAAAUGGUCGGGAUCCCUCCGUCAUAUGGGAGCAAGUUGAAGAUGCAAUUCGAUUGUUGAUUCUCAAAAAGGAGCCCUUGUUCACUGCUCUUCUGCCGCGUUAUGCUAAUCGACGAAACUUCUUCGAAAUGAUGCGCUUUGAUUUAGUGGUCGAUAAUAACCUCAAGGUAUAUCUAAUGGAAGCCAACAUGAGCCCCAAUCUUUCGUCGGCUCAUUUUAAACCCAACAGGUUGCUGUACGAACAAGUGAUCUACAAUCUUUUCCAACUCAUCGGCGUGGGAACGAGCAUUCGGCGUGAUUCGUUCCGUAAGCGUCACCCGGACACGGAAGCGAUGCUGUCGUCGAUAAAGAACCUCGCUACCGGCGCCAAUCAGUGCUCAAACGUACCCUGUGUGGAAUCUUGCGCUCCUGUCGAGUGCCAACUGUGCAGAACUUGCCUAGAGGAAAGCGAUCUGGACGAUCUGCAACGGGCUUACCGCGAACACAUGAAUCGGGGUGAUAUGAAGCGAAUUUUUCCUGUGCCAAAAGCCGACAACCAUCGAGUGAAUUUUGAGACGCUAUCUGCAAAAAAUCAAUUCAUGUCCAGAUGGUUUGAGGAAAAGUGCAAAUUAGAUUCAUCGUAUUGUUAG